AUGAAACCUGAAGUAGUCUGGUUUGGAAUAUCGACAGCAAGAUUCAACAAAAUGAAUUGGAAACGAAUGCCAGCACCAGGUGUUUCUCAUACGAUUGUGGUUAUCAAAAGUUUAUUGGCGAAAAUAUGUGGAUGGGAUUUUCAUCAGAAAACAGCAUCAGAAAAGAUUCAUUCCAGUCACAUCAAGUUAAUUACACAGCUAUGUCAUACAAAUGUUCAUCGGAUAAAUUCGUAA